AUGAUUAAAAUAAUAAUUGGAAUUAUAUUUUAUUAUAUAUUGUAUAGCUCUUAUUACAUAUAUGAAAAUAUAAAGACACCAUUGUAUGAUCCUUCAGAAGAAUUAAAAUAUUAUUUAAAUGAAGAGGUAGGUGAUCAUAAAGAAAAAAAAUACUUGUAUAAGCCAUAUAAAAAUGUAUUAAAAAAAAAUGAUAAAAUAGAUUACCAUUUAUACCUAUCUUGUGUAGAAUAUAUAGACUUGAAUAAAUAUAUAAAUGAAAAAUAUAUUGAUUCUGAUAAAAAUUUUAUUAAUAUUUAUAAUUUUACAAAUACCACUUAUAAUUGGGAUGAAAAGAAAAUAAAAAGAAAAAAGAAAUGGCUGUUUUUUACAGAAAAUAUUUAUCCCUCAUUUGAUUUAAUCAUUCCAGAUAAUCUUUAUAAUAAGAAAAAAAAUAUAUACUUACACAUAAUUACUUAUGUUAACAAUAAAUUAUAUAGAUACGGUACUGUUACAACUUUAUUAACGAAAAGUAAAAAGUCUGAAGUAAAGAAAAAUUUAACAAAAAGUAAAACAAAAAGAGUAGAUAAUUUAUUUUAUAUUCCUAAACUAAUUCAUUUUGGACCGGUUAUAGAAUAUAAUGAUCUUAAUAUUAAUAAACUUAAUUUUUUUUCAAACAUCUUUAUAAAUAAGUUUAAUGGCACUUACUCUAUGCCUAUUUACGUUAAUAAUUAUUUAACACCUGAAGAUGAAUAUACAUUACUUUUAAAUAAAAAAGAAAGAGACGUAAUGAAUAAUGAUGAUAAUUUAAAAUAUAUAAACAAAGUCAAAGUAGAAUAUGUUCCUAUUAGUUAUUUUUAUUUCAAUCUAUUUAAUGUAUUGACAUUUAACAUAAAUUACAUGAAACAAAAAUAUAGUUUUAGCGCCUAUGAUUUAGAUAGUUUAGUUAUAUCAUUUUGCUGCAAUAUGUACUUAUCUAUGUUCAUAUUUCUUAUCUGCUUCAUUCAUUUAACUUUAGAUAUAAUUGCAUUAUAUUUAGAUAUAAAUAUUUGGGAAAACUUGAAUUAUUUAUAUUCCAUUUCUUCAAGUAAUAUUCAUUUAAAGUUGAUAUUUAAUUUUUUUAUUUUUUUAUAUUUAAAGCAUAAGAAUGAAGGUAAAAUUAUAAUGCUAUUUUCACUACUGAAGGUGCUUGUAUGUGUAUGGAAAUUACUGAACACAUAUGAUAUAAUUUUAUUUACUGUUUAUCCUUUUAUAUAUAUUCAUAAAAAGCCCACUUUAAAUAAAAAUAAUUCUAAUAUUAUUAAAUUUGAAAAUUACAUGAAUAAAAGAUUAUACUUUAUUAUGUUUUUUUCAUUAAUAAUUAUUUUUAUAUAUAAUUUGGCUUUCAAUAAAUACAAUUCUUUUUAUUCAUUAAUAAACACAACAAUAGGUGUACAUUCAUAUAUUUUUAAUUUUAUUUUCAUGUUUCCUCAAGUUCUAAGAAAUUAUUACACAAAAACAGUUCAGUAUAUGACGAUAUUUUCUUUUAUUUUACUUUUUUUAAAUGUUAUUAUAGAUGAUAUAUUUGCAGUAUUUUUAAGGAUGCCAACGAUUCAUAAAUAUAAUGUUUUGGGAGACGAUAUAAUUUUCAUUAUUUUUUUAUUACAAUACUUUUUGUAUAAAAAAGAAAGAAAAAUAAUUGUUAUUAAUGACGAUAAAUUAAUAGAAGAAUCCAAAAAGAACAAAUAA